AUGUCAACAAAAGAAACAAAUGUUUCUGUAAAAACUGUAUCUGACGAUGACGUAAACCGUACAGUUAUAGUAGCAAGGGCGGUGCGACAAGCAUUGUCCUUUGCUGAUAAAGGUCGAAACGGAAAAGAUUGGGAAAUGGCAACUAAAGCUAUAAUGAAUAACCAACAACUUACAGACACAGAAAGAAACACAAUUUUACAUUUGUUGGAUAAUAAAUCUAUCGUUAUAUUGCUGAUGGCUGCAGCUAGAAUUACUGCAUCCGAUUAG